CCAGUGAACAACAUUCCCCUCUGGUCUCAUGACAGCACCGCAAAUAAAAAAAUCUCGGAAAAAACAACAUCGCCGAUGACAUUUAUCGAGCGCGCCCAAAUUCCCAUCCGCGAAAAGAAAAAUGAACAAGUGGAACUGGAAGCCUGCAACCGACAGUGUAUUGCCUAAUGACCCUGUGCUGAUAUAGUGGCGCGAACGACUGCGAGUGCACGUCCCGCAACAUCAGAACCACCGACUCGAGAAGGCCAAAAGGGAUCUCGGUGUCCCUGCUCCAUUACGUAAUUAAGGAUUCGGAGGAGGACCAGUGUCCGCCCCGCCGCCGGUGCUGUGCUAGUUUUUAAGUUUGCCAUGUCCAAGAGGUCACUCUUCCACCUGCUCUAUGAGCGCGAAAUCGGCUUCAGGCAACCAGCCAACAGGGAGCGGUUGGUGGAGCUCGGAACUGACUUGGCGGAAAGUAAGCUGAUCUCCGAGUUCAGGAUAAAGGAUAUCGGAAAUGUGUCGCCAGAAAUCCGCUCCAGCUACGUUGUUUCCUGUAAUAGUAAAAGCCACGCUGCAAUUUCUCACACAAAUCGGACAAUCAGUAUAGUGGACACAAAACGUAUGGUAAAAAUUUUCGAGCUACAAUCAAAUGACCGCACCAUAUGGACAAUAGCCUACCAUCCUAGGAUUCCCUCGUUGCUGGCAACUGGGAGUGUUGGAGGUAUUGUCACGGUGUACGAAAACUAUGUUCAAAAAGCUACUAUCCAAGAAUUUUAUGGAAAUCAAGCCGAGUUCGGAAACAUCAUACCAUCGAUAUGCUUCCAUCCACUGCACGAUUUCGUGGCGUAUUCUAGUCGACGCGAUGUUAAAAUAUGGGACUGGAGGAACAAUCGAUUAUUGUACAAUUUGGAGGGAAACUCAACGACGAGAUUCAUGAAAUUCAACCCAGUCAACAACAUGCUUAUUACAAUCCAAACCUACCAACAGUAUAAUGAUUCCAACUGUGUUAGCAAUUUUUUCAAUAUGAUUGCAGCCGUAAGCUUACUAUUAAACUGUGCCUAUGAGCCGUGCUACGUUAAAGAUGCCAUAAAUAAUGUUAUAAACAAAUUGGUGAAAAUUUCAUUGAAGUGCCAACUUGACUGUGAUAGUCAGAAUUUUUUAAAUUCGAAAAAUUUUGAUCGUAUAUUAGAUGAUUUGGAAACCACAAUCACAAUGUGGUACCGUAAGUUAAGUCGUUUUUCCAGUGAUAUUUGUCAAGUAAAAGACAACAUUAAAUGUUCAUUUUUCAUUGAUAAGUUGAUAAAACAUACAAUGUAUUGUGAAAAGAUGGAUAACAACUGUAAGACAAGAUUAAUUUCUUGCCUAGAAAAGGGGAAAGGCCCAAUCAAAGUUGCCCUCCAAUUGUGCCUGAGUAACUCGUGGAAGAUCCAACACGAAUACCUUCGACAAAAAGGUGCCGAUGAGGAUCUUCUCCUAUUCCCCGAUGAUCACACAUAUCCAAACGCGCCUAAGAUUUUGCAAGUAUGGGACUUCGAAGACAAACCGGAUUUGUGCGAAGGUUGGUAUGGUGCAAUCACCCAGUGCGAAUCCCACAACGAUGUAUCAGUUGAUGUAUCGCAAUGUGGUAAAAAAGUCGCAGUCUUCUAUCGCAAGCUAGACAGCGAACAAAACAGCUACUCGCGUUUGCGUGUAUUCAGCAUUGAACGUGAUACCUUGGGCGAACUUCUUCACAAUAUCCAACCCAAUGCAUACCUCAACGAGGAAUUCAUUGGUGUAACAUUCUCACCGUCCAGCAAUUAUCUCAUCAUGGUUAGGCGGCAGAAUACAGAGGAGAAUCGAUCAACGAUCAGUGUACAUCGACUAGACAAGGAUGUAGUCAAUAUUGAUACGUUGAAGACGUAUGAAAUCGAUCGAAAUGUGGGUUUUGUUAAAUGGGCGCCGAAUCCAGGGGAUGGUAUUUUGUUGGGCUUCUCAACGUAUGUUCUAUCUUAUUGGAGUUAUAAUUGAGAUUAUAAUAA